GGGUCGGCGACGGACUGACACUACCCGUUGGGCUCGGCUCGCGCGGCGCCGUCCUCCCCCACUCUCCCCUCACACACACGCACGAACACACAGCACGCGCCGCACCCCCGCGCUCUCCUCUCCUGCGACCAAAUCUGCGCGGCGCGGGAGUGAGCACACUGAGGGCGGUCUCCUCCUCCUCCUCCCCGUUCGCGAGCGGUUCGUGUCCCGAGCGAUCCGGCAGCCAUGAACAUCUUCAAGAAGAAGGUCGACCCCAAAGAGGCUCUCAGGACCAGCAAACGUGAGAUGGCGGUCGCCACGCGGGGAGUUGAGCGAGAGAUUGGUUCCCUGCAAAUGGAGGAGAAAAAGCUGGUCGCAGAGAUAAAGAAGACUGCCAAGACUGGAAAUGAGGCCGCAACCAAAAUAUUAGCUCGGCAACUUGUCAGGCUGCGGCAACAAAUCCUCAAUUUGCAAGGCACACGGGCACAGAUUCGUGGAGUAGCUACUCACACACAGGCAAUGUAUGCCGGCACUUCAAUCUCUGCUGGAAUGAAAGGUGCAAGCAAAGCUAUGGCAGCAAUGAAUAAGCAAAUGGAACCGGUGAAGCAGAUAAAGGUUAUGAAAGAAUUCCAGAAACAAUCAACACAAUUGGACAUGACGCUCGAGAUGAUGUCCGAUGCCAUUGAUGAAACACUUGACAAAGAUGAGGCGGAGGAGGAAACAGAAGAGCUUACAAACCAGGUCCUUGACGAGAUUGGCGUGGAUGUGGCUUCUCAGCUUUCUUCGGCUCCUAAAGGGCGCAUCGGAGCAACUAACAAGAAAGUCGAUAACAGUCACGCACGUAAUCCUGCAGCUCCUGCGAGGAACGUGGCGGCACCACCCGAAUCCUCUGCUGAAGUCGACGAUCUGGAGAGGCGAUUGGCAUCUCUGCGCCGUAUCUGAGUCUGAGCCGCUGAAGAAAGAACUUGUUUGUAAUACUACUAGUAGUUAUUCAUCUAUCUAUAUGUGUAAAGUUGUUUAUAUGUGUAAGGAAACAGCGAAUUGCAAAUGAUACGGUUUAAUAACCUACCUAAUGCUUUAUUUAUUUUGAUUUGAAAA